GCCCAUUCACUUGUGUAUUCAAAAUUCUUCAAUGCUUUAUCCACAGCAGACACAUAUACUCUAUAUUUUGAAUCCUUCAUCAACUCGUACUCCUCCAUGGCAAUUGAACCCAUCUUGAAAAAAUGUAUUGAGAAUGGCAACAAAUUAUAUGGUAAAACCUGAUCCUUUAUUAUUCAUAUCUCAGUGCCAUGAUGUGUUAAUAUAGACAUUUACAUGACCUCAUACAGACAUAACAGUAACCAUAGUACAACCUCUUCAAUCAAAAAUGUUGUAGGUACAGAAACUAUCUAGUUAACCUGCGUUUGAAAACAAAUGUUGAAACAGCUGUUUUAUGACCUUGAAGCAGGAUAUAUUUGGUAACUAAAGUCUCGAAAGGAAACGCUACACAAAACGUCAUUUCUGAUCGGGUUAUACUGUUCGACAUUUAACAUGUAGAAAACAAAACUAUAUGCUUCAGAGUUAACAAGGUAUAUUCUGUGAAAUAAACUUGAGAAAAGUGCCCUGCAGGCCGUAUAUCGUCUUGUCCAUACGAAAAACCAUUAAAGUACUUCAUAAUAGAUUCACGUUCACACGCACAACACCAGUACAUAGCUCCACCAGAGUAUUACACAUUGCAGGUGGGUCGACGUCACAUACGUCACAUAUUUCUCGUAUAUAAUGCGUAACACAAUACAAUGCUCUAUUUGAUUAGUUGAGUUCUCUAUUAGAAGAAAAUUAAUAAACAAACAUUAAAAAAAUAAAAUACACAUAAUUUGGAGAAGAUAUCGAAGUAUUACUAAUCUAACAUGAAUUUAGAGUGAACGUCUUUCGCACGGCCGGGCCGAGCUACUGAUUAUUUUGACAAUUCCGUGGUGUCACCUUUUCUUACGACGUAAUUGCACCUGCAAUCGGAAGGCGUAUAAAAUAUUCGUUUGACUUUGUAAAUAUGUACCACGUUGUACAAGUAUUUCCAAAUCGUUUCGCAAAAAUGGGUUUUUCAGACCCAAACCUUUUGAAUACGCUCAAAAGUGCAUUUUCCUUGACACGCAAAUGCGCAUGAACGCGAGAGACAGAAAAUGCUCGAGUGAAAUCGUCGAACAAGCUAUCCAGAUCCUUGUAUCCUACACUACGAAGUUCCUUACAACUCUGUAUACAUCAGUUAUAGUAUUCCUUCCGUGCCGGAGGAGUAGGACAAUUGGAUUUGGGACGAGUUAGUCGGUUUGGAUUUGACAAUGUCCAUAUGAUGAACUUGGUGCCCGAACGGGGUUGGCACUUCGAAACGGGAUUCCGGGGUUGCCCUGUUGUCAGUGUCAUUAUUUUGAAAAUUAUUUUAAUUUUUUACAUUAAAAUCUAAUCGACAUUGCAACUGAUACGCUACACCUACUAGCAGAGUGGACUAGUGUAGUAACGAUUAGCCCUGAUAACGAUAUCAAGGUUAAUUUUCGUUACCGUGUUGAUGUUACUCAAUCCGUGGAUUGUCCCGCACUCGAUUUAACUUUGGGUAUCAUUUCAAUUACUAUUAUUCUAUUAUUUUCACCGUUCGAUUUACAUUUUUAAAGGUUUACCAAUAUUAACAUGUUACAUAGUUAAUAGUCGACCGCGAAAUUUAAACAUUCUAAUGUGGAGGUUCUGUGUAUGAAUUUCAAUUAAAAACACGUUAAAAAUAUUAAUAACUAAAAGAAUGAAUAAAGAAUAAGAACUACAGUAGAUGUUGAAUCGAAGUGAAUAUAUUUUUGUGUAUAAAAUGCCCUUCUAAUUUUACAUUUUACACAAGUGUUACAGCUAGCCAUUAGGGAGACAAAUUCUUUUCAAAUUACAUAAUUCGAAUCUGAAAUAUUCAAGUUAUCUGUUUUUCUCCGCUAUUUUAUUAUAUACAUGCCAGCAAUACACAGAAGCAAGACAAAAAUUGUGCUGCUUUUUCUCGGCACUCUUAUUUUCUACAAUGAAUUUCUUAGUUAUUUUCUUCAAAGCAUUUUCAAGUGGCCAGCUGUCUCAUGCGAUGGGCGACCUGAAUGUGUCAAAAUUUUAUUGGUUGCUGACCCGCAGAUAAUUGGUGAACAAUUUGAACCUGGAUUUCCUCUAGGAACCCUUGCAAGAUGGGACUGUGACAGAUAUUUAUCCAAAACAUUUCACCAUGUUGUGUCUCAUGUAAACCCUGAUGUAGUUGCAUUUCUUGGUGAUAUUAUGGAUGAAGGAAGCAUUGCAUCCAAAGAGGAAUAUAUUCGUUACAGCCGAAGAUUUUUUAAUAUUUUUCAAACUAAUGUGUUGAUGCAGUAUAUUUAUCUCCCUGGAGAUAACGACAUUGGGGGAGAAGAUGACGAUCGCUUAACAAAUGACAAAUUGAAACGCUAUGAUAAGACUUUCAGUCAAGCAGAAAGUUUCCGGAUAAAAAGUGUUGAUAUAUACAAGGUGAAUAGAUUAACUUUCUCUAUGCCUCGAAAUUUGACUGCAACAGGAGGAAACAGAACUAAUAUUGUUUUAACUCACCUCCCAUUGUUGUUUCUGCCAAACCAAUUUGUGCACAAGGUUGUGAAGCAACUCCGUCCUCAAAUAAUUUUUUCUGCUCAUGAUCAUAAAUCACUUCACACUAGCAUAGAAACUGAUCUCAAACGGUAUGAACAGUUUGUUGAAAUGCUACUUCCCUCAGGAGGUCCAAUGUGGCAAUUUCAAUUAAGUAAAACUGUGAUUCAUGAGAUAAUGGUACCUACUUGUUCUUACAGGAUGGGUGUCGCUGAUGUGGGCUACGGAGUUGCACUUAUUGAUAACUCUGGUAGCAUGACUUACACAGUUCUUUGGUUACCUUCACGCUUCUCUCAACUGGGUGCAUAUGUUGGAAUGUUCCUUGUUUUCAUUUUUUAUUGGUCAUCGUAUACAUUCUGCUGCAUCUGUUCCCAUAUUAGAAGGAAAAUGGCAGUUUCUAAACAUAUUGUUUAGCACAACUUUUGCGCUUUAUUGAGAUUAAGGAAACAAUUUAAACGAUUACCAAAAACAUAUUUUCUAAUCACUUGACUAGUGCAGAUAAAUUUGGUUCAGUACUUAAAAGAAAGAAUUGCUUGGAAUUGUUACACUCUACAGAAGUUUGAAUAAAAGCGGUGGUUAUUGUGCCUGUAUACCUGCAUUAAUGAGACAAAAUUACUGGGAAUUCACUCUAAGCUUGUGAUUUUGUUGUCAUAAGAAUUUCAUCCACGUGUUCUAAAUGUACACUGUGGUCGUGAAAAUAACAGUAAAUUACAGGACAAUGUAUUCUAGUUGCUUGUCCAAGGAUACCUUAUUACUUCAUUCAUACGUUCCGUGAAAGAAUAAGACCCUCCACAGAAUUUUAAUUUAUUUUGUUUCAUUAAUACAGGUGCAAUAUCAAUUACCUCUUAACUAAUUAUUUUUCUUAGGGUUCAAAUGUAUUUUUUAAAUUAUAUUUAAUGUGUUUGCUGCAAUAGACUAUGCGCUUCACAACUUUUUAUACACAAAAGUUUGUUGUGUAAUUUUGUAAAUUGUGAUGAAGAGUUUUGACAUGUAACUUGUUGACAUUUGUUAUAAAAUGUAGAAAUUUUUUAAGAAUAAAUAAAAGUAUCUUCAUUAGUUAUUAUGAAAAUUCAAUUGCCUAUGAUAUUAAACUUUUGGGAAAUGAG